AUGACUACGGAGAGAAAUGUUAUUUUAAUUACGGGAGGCAAUGGCUUCAUUGGAAGUCAUGUUGCAAAAUAUUUACACGAGAAAGGAAAUUACGUACGCGUAGUCGAUUUGUGUGACGAUUCAACCUUUCGUCUUUGCAAAGAUACCGCAGAAUUUUGUUCGGAAUUCAUCGAGGGUGACAUACGUUCGCUCGAAACUUGUCAUAAAUUAUUUGAUAACAAUGAUGUAAAAUGGGUAUUUCAUUUUGCUGCGAAUAUGGGUGGUAUGGGCGUUAUUCAUUCAAAAAAUAAUUUCGCAAUAUAUAAAGAAAAUCAUUCAAUGUCUUUGAAUAUACUCGAAGCUUCGAUGAAGUCAAAUAUUGACAAGUUCUUUUAUGCUUCCACCGCUUGCGUUUACUCUAACAAUAAACAAUCAAACAUUAAUAAUGAUAUAAAAUUAAGAGAAAGUGAUACCUGGAAUUGCAUUUCAAAAGAUUCAAAAGCUCAAGAACUUUAUGGAGCUGAAAAAUUAAAUACCGAAAUAAUUUUAUCCAGUUUAGUAGAUUCAUUGGAAAAUAAAAAUUCGUCUCAAAAAUUUCCCCAAUUCAAAAUUGCAAGAUUUCAUAACGUUUACGGAGAAGGUGGUGCAUGGUAUGGCGGAAGGGAAAAAGCUCCGGCCGCAUUAUUAAGAAAAGCGAUAUUCUCGAGUAUUUAUGCACGAGAAAAUGAGAUUGAAAUUUGGGGUAACGGGAAACAAAGACGUAGUUUCUUAUAUAUAGAGGAUUGUGUCGAAGCGAUUAUUAAGCUCAUGGAGUGUGAUUUAGAAAUCACAUUAAAUAUUGGUUCAGAAGAAUCAAUUAGCAUUGAAGAACUUGCCUAUGUCGCAUUUGAAACGAUUGACGUUUCACGUGAUAGCGUGAACCUAUGUUUUGACACCGAGAAACCCGUCGGUGUAAAUAAUAGGAAUUCGGAUAAUUCCUUAAUUCAGAGGUACCUAAAUUGGUCACCUAAACAUUCUAUCCGUGAAGGCAUGAUCAAGACCUCCUCAUGGAUUCGACAAGAGAUUGUGAAAAAGAAAUUGCAAUAUGAGAAUGAUCCAAGAUGGCAUGAAUUUAUAAAGUCAUCACUAAAAAGUCAAGUGAACGUAUUAACCUUUCACAACGAGAUUAUAACGUUUGGAGUGCUUUUACCGAUAACUUCUCGUGGGUUAAUUAACCCUGAAGAUUGUUUGGAAAACCUUAGAAAAUUUGCAAAAAGUCUUCUCAAGACUUCGCGACUUGAUGUUACGGAUCAGAAUUAUGAAACCAAAUAUCAAAUUAAAAUUUACAUUGGAAUAGAUGAGAAUGAUAAUCUCUUUCAUCCGAUAGAAAAUAAUCUUGCGGAAAAUUUUUUUCGAGAAUAUGGAUUCACAAACAUUCAUACAAAGGCUUUUGAUUUCCCACCUGGUUCUAUAUGCGCAAUCUGGAGGGAAUUGGCUCAUCAAGCUUAUCACGACAAAUGCGAUUAUUUUGUUUUAUUUGGAGAUGACGUGAUCAUCGAAACCGAUGGUUGGAUGAAUAAAUUUCAUAAAGCUUAUCGCGAAAUUUCUAUUCAAAAAAAGGUUCCAUGCGGUUUCGGAUGUAUAACUUUUGCUGACAUCACUUUUCCCGGAUUUCCAACGUUUCCGGUGAUCGGUCGAAUACAUUUGGACAUUUUCAAUGGAGAUAUGUUUCCAAGGGAAAGGUUUCAAAAUCAAGAUGGAGAUCCUUACUUGUUUCAGACAUACCGAAGAUGGGGAUGUUCAGUUAUGUUACACGAUGUUAAAAUUCAAAAUUUUGUGGGCGGAAGUCAAGCCCCGAGAUAUGAAAGAAAGCAUCAUCCGGAAUGGAGUUUUGAUAUGUUAGAUAAAUCCGUUGAUACAGUUGAAAAAUGGUUGAAAGCGAAUUGCAAGACUCCCGUCCCAAAAUUGUUAACGCUCGACAUAGUUAUACCAAGUUUUAGGGUUGACCUGAAAUUUCUUGAUCCAAUCAUUAACGUGGAGAGACCCCCAACAAUGUCAACAAGCAUUGUGAUAAUAAUAGAUAAUCCAAAUACACCAAAUACAAACAUUUUAAAAAAAUUAUAUGAGAAAGAUCCUUUUAUAAGAAUUAGAGAACAUAAAACAAAUUUGGGUGCGAGUUUAUCAAGAAAUCGAGGGUUAAAAGAAUCAAACGCGGACUACGUUUUAUUUUUGGAUGAUGACGUGCUUCCCGAAAAAAACAUACUAUUUGAAUGUGAAAAAAUUAUAAAAAAAUAUCCAACCGCUUGCGGUUUCAUAGGAAAUUCAAAGUUCCCGCCAGCGAAUUAUGCCAUUUUUACAAGUGCUUUGGUUUUAUCUUGUAUCACGUUUUUUUGGGAUAUUGCCGAAAAAUUGAGUGACGAUAUUCCAUGGGGAGUUACCGCCAAUCUCCUAAUUAGACGAUAUAAAGAUAACGUACUCUUUGAUCCAAUUUUUCCAAAGACUGGUGGAGGAGAGGAUAUUGAUUUCUGUUUGAAAAAGAGGAAUUUUUUUAUUAAUCAUGUAGAAAAUGGAAUAGGAUUUAAAGCAGCACCAAACGUUAAAGUGAUACAUCCUUGGUGGAAUGAUGGGAAAAGAAGUUAUAUAAGAUUCUUUUAUUGGGCGAAAGGCGAUGGUGCCUUGGUUAAUAUGUAUCCAGAUUUAACAUAUAACGAUAUUUUGCCUAAUAGCGCCGAAUUAUUAUUGGGGUCAAUCUUAAUCUUUUUGAUCACAAUAAUAGUUUCCUUAAUUUUCGCUGUAUUUAAUAACACUGCAAUCAUUAAUUUCUUUGUAAUUUGGACGUUUUUAUCGAUUCCACUUAUUAUCGUGUCCAUCAUGAUCGUCGACAUAUACUUAUCGUUCGCAGAACCUUGCGGUGUAUCUACGGUUGAUGGCUAUCGUUUUAUAAUAGCGGCAGCAGAAUCAUCAAUAAUUCGUUUAAUGAGUCAAUGUGGUCGUUUGGAGGGAAUCAUUGAAAGAAAAGAAUGGAAAUGUAUCGGAAAAAGAUUUGAAUGGUUUGUGAAGAGAUGUGGAAAUAAACCGAUUCACGACGAGAUAAAUAGGAAUUUGAUGAAAUUUUCCAUUUGGAUUGGUCUAAUGAUGCUAAGCUUAAGUUUGCUUGUUUAUUAA